AUGAAAAGUAGUGUCAUUUCUGAAUUUUUGAGUCCUCUUCCUAGUAAGUGGGCGAUGAAUAAUGUCAUGAUCCCAAAGGCACGAAUGUCUUCCUGUGUCUAUCACGAUAAGUUCAAACCUUCUACUUCUUCUAACCACUGUAUUACAUUACUAAACGCUACAAUUAAUCCACAAGCAAACGACAAGGACAUUUACCAUGCCGUUACGUCAGAAGAUAAAGUCCAUAUUCAGAGUGACGAUACGUUGAGUCUCGUGGAUGCCUUACCACGAGAUCGUGAGAGUCUGGAGUAUGAACUUGAUCAAUUGAAUGAAUUGGAACGACAAGUAGAGAAUGAAAUUGCUGUGGACUUGAAACUUGGAUGUGAUUUGUUGAUAAAGACACGAGAAGAACAAAUUACAAAGGCCUGGGCCACUCUGGAACGACGACGAGUGGCAGCACGGAAAGUGUUUGACUAUGCGAGUGAAAAGGCUCAAGAAAUGUAUGAUCAACAGUGUACUGAGUUAAAGAGAGACAUGAAUACGGAUAUGGAACGCGAGCUACGACGAUUACAGACAGCUAAGGAUGGUGUGAGUGUAACAAGUCGUCGACGUCGAGCAGUGAGGGAUGAGACAAGAAAAGGUUGUGCAAUACCAGCAAAACGUGCUGGAAAUAAUAUGAGAAGACGACGUACCAUGUACACUGCUAGUGGUGGAGAUGAAGACGGACCGGAAGAUGUUUUCUUGGCCUCGGCGUCACCGGAAGAAAGAGCACAACGCGAACAGUUUCACGAGAAGAAACGUCUUGAGCAGCUUUUGUCAUGUACUUCGGUGUUUAAACCUGUGGUAGAACAGGUGACGGCGAAAGAGAUUGCUAAGGACUUGAAAACAAUUCAAAGUGCUGUGUUAUGUUAUAACAAGCACUUGAAGACUCGAAAGAUUAAGAUGGAGAAGAAGAAGGACAAGGCGAAGCUGGAACAGAAGCAAAAGCACCACGUAAAGAAAAAGCACCACAAAGAAAAGAAGCUGAAACGACAGAGGCCAAUGAUUGUCACUCCUAGGAGGAUACCAUACGCAGGAUCAAAUGUACCUGCUCCUACCACAAUGCCAGAAAAAGCAACGAGCACAGCAAAGAAGAAUCGACGACCUCGACUGCUGUACAAUCCACGAAUGCUACAGGAGGGACAAGAGGUUGAGGUAUUUUUUAGGCGCCAAAGAAUAGAAACGGCGGCUGAUGAUGCGGAUGAAAGUCAGGAUGAUUGCGUGAUGUCCGGUAUCAUCACUGCUGCCACCGCGACGCAGGUGUACUUGCUCACAGCUAGCGGUCGCUUCGAGUCGUUUGAUGUUCGUGACUGCAUUCUAGGCUCACUCUAUGUGCGGGCAGUAGAAAGCACCAACAGUCCGAAAAGUUGUGCGAGGAAACGAUAUGAACAUCAGCAGUGCGUGGAAUAG